GCAAGCGGAAACACUUCUGUUCGUGGUUGUUUCAGUAUGGCUAUCUGUGCGUUAUUUUCAACUUCCCCUCUCUUCAUUUGCACCUCGGGUAGCCGUAGCAAGCAGUUCAUCGCUAACCGACGCGUCACAAGUCCGUCAGCUGCUCUAAAUUCUUCGUUGCCGUCAUCGUCGUCCUCCCCUGAGUCUGCACCAAGAGAAAGCGUAGUUUCGUCCAAGAACCCAUCAAAGCCGUUCGUUGAAUCAUCCCGACCUUCUGAAUCGGGCUUCAACUACGCUCUCGCCAAUCCCAAUGGCAACCCAGCAGUCGUCCGCUUCGUUAGGUCUACCGAGUCCAUGAUCGAAAGGGCUAUCUUUGACUUCCGCUUCUUGGCGCUUUUUGCUGUUGCGGGCUCCUUGGCUGGUUCACUCCUCUGCUUCCUCAAUGGCUGUAUCUACAUCGUUGAUGCCUACAGAGUCUAUUGGUCAAGCUGCGUGAAAGGUGUUCAUUCAGGACAGAUGGUUUUGCGUCUAGUUGAGGCCAUUGAUGUGUACCUUGCUGGUACCGUGAUGUUGAUCUUUGGCAUGGGAUUGUACGGGUUGUUCAUCAGCAACGUCCCUCACGAUGUCCACCCGAGUGAUGAUCGUGCUCUGAAAGGAUCCUCUUUCUUUGGGAUGUUUGCACUCAAGGAGCGGCCCAAGUGGAUGAAGAUCAGCUCCCUGGACGAGCUGAAGACGAAAGUAGGGCAUGUCAUAGUGAUGAUUCUGCUGGUGAAGAUGUUUGAGAGGAGCAAGAUGGUGACGAUAGCCACGGGGAUGGACCUCUUGAGCUACUCCGUAUGCAUCUUCUUGUCCUCUGCUUCCUUGUACAUCCUCCAUAAUUUGCACAAGCAAGAAUGAAAAAACACAACCAAAUACUGAUUUAUAUACUCGGAAGCUAAUUUAUCAGUCAUUCCCAUUGUGUGUUUGUACAUAUAUUAUCAAUAUAUGAGUCCACUUAUUGUUCUCAUGUUGCUUUCAUCACAAGAAAACUUGUGUUUUUCAAAAAAAAAAAAAAAAAAAAUCAUCCGAAGAAAAGAAAACGUGUGUUUUUCU